CACGCUCUCUUCUUUCUUUCUUUCCUUCUUUCUUUCUUUCUUUCUUUUCAAGGCUCUACUUUAGUAAGGUCUGGAGGAAACAAACGCAAUUUGGAGAAAAGUGAGGGGUCAAAAUGCAAAAUAUGAUGCUUUGGUUGUGUUACCUGGGAAUGUGGCUCAGUAGUUAGAGCAUAUAUUUAUUACUUAUCAACUUCACUCCUUGUGUUUAUGGAGUCCACGGCUAACCUCCACCAGCUUCAAGACCAGCUUCUUGUUCCUCCUCCUCCCUCGUCGUCACCGUCGUCGUCUUCUCCGCCCAUCGUUCCAUCUUGCUUUUCCCUUCCAAGCACCCAUGGCUGGACUCCCAAUAUCUCUUUGAAUAAUAAUAAUAAUAAUACUUGCAACUACAACUCAAGAGUAUUCAAUGGAUUGAGUUCUUCAGUUCCAGUAAGAUCAGAUUGUGGGGUGAAAAAUACGAACAGUUCAAUGCUUCUUCAAGAUUUGGGGUUUCAAUGGAAUGGUGCGAGUUCUUCAGGGAGCUUCUUCUCUCACUUUCUCCAUGCUGGUGGAAAGAUCAAAGAAGAAAUGUUGAACAGUCCUUCUACAAAUCAAGAUUUCCAUCCUUUUCCUUCUACAAACCACGUCAAGAAUAAUGAUUCCGAUCUGAAUGAUCCCAGCCACAAGCUCUUCAUCAAAACCCAGAUCAACGGUGGUGAUCAUACUGAACCUGGAGAAUUCUUCAACAAGAUUUACCCAAGUAUUAAUGUAUCUGAUUGGAACCUCUCGUCUCCUCCGCCGCCGCCCUUCUCAAAUUCCUUAGAUUUGAACUUACAAACGCCGCCAGAUUUGUUCCACUCACAAGAUAGCUUCGGUAUUUUUAGACAAACUCUCUCUGAUUUUCACGAUCAGAUCCAUCCGCCGGCGAUUCUCCCAUGCAUUUCAAGUAAGGUGACAACACCCUUCAGCGCUGAACUAACUGAACCAAAACGACCUUGUACCUGCAUCCGACCAAUGCUCAAUCAACCAUCUCCUCCUCCUCCUCUUAAGAAAUCGCGAUUGGACUCACGCGCUUCUUGCCCUCCAUUUAAGGUUAGAAAAGAGAAAUUAGGUGAUAGAAUUGCUGCCCUCCAACAAUUGGUCGCACCCUUUGGCAAGACAGACACAGCAUCUGUGUUAAUGGAGGCCAUUGGAUACAUUAAAUUCCUUCAAAAUCAAGUCGAGACGUUGAGCGUUCCAUACAUGAAGCCCUCCUGCAACAAAACCACUAGGCCGACAUAUCGGAGUCCGGUGGAAGGUGGACAUGAAGGGCAGCUAGAUCGAGAUCUCAGAAGUAGAGGCCUGUGCUUGGUUCCAUUGGGGUGCUUGUCUUACGUGGCCGGCGACGGCGGCGGGAUUUGGACGCCACCGGGUUUUAGUGGAGGAACUUCUAGAUAAACAUAAUUAAAGACAUUAAUUGGAAUGAGCUUAAGAAAGGUUCUCUAGUUAAGGACUAAGUUUAUAUGAAUUAAUGGAGCAAAUUUGGUCAGUCUGUUUAAACCAAUGGAGUGAUACAGAAAUGGACCAAGUUUGAUCCAUUAAUAUUAAUCAUUUCAUGUAUUAUUGUUAAUCAUCCCUUGGAUCCAGCUUCACUUACCUUAUUUU